AUGCCGCCGCCCUCCCUCCUCUCCCUCCUCCCCGCCGCCUCCGUCUCCCCGCGCACCCGCCGCCGCCGAGCCCCUGACGCGAGCCCCCGCCUCCAUUCCCGCCUCUCCGUCCGCACGGCACGGGCUCCCUCGCCGCUCCGUGCGUUACCCUCCUCCGAUGUGGGCGUCGGCGGCGGGGAUGGAGGGGGCGAGGAGCUGCACCUGCUCGACAAGCCGUUCCCGUCCGCCUCCUCCGAAGCGGAGGACGAGCGCGAGCCGGCUCCAGCGCCGUCCACGGAACAAGUGCUCGCCUCCUACCUCAACUUCUUCCAGCUGAAGGGCGCCGACGCCAGCGAGGACACGGAAUCCAACCCCAACGCCGCCGUGACCUUCCUAGAGGACGACGCUGGCGCUAGCGCGGGCGGCGGCGGGGGCGGGGUCGUCUACUACGACCCCAGGCCCGGGGACCUGGUGGUGGGCGUGGUCGUCGGGGGCGACGCGAGGGCGCUCGACGUCGACGUCGGCGCCGGGGGCGAGCCGGCGCUGAUGCUGGCCAAGGAGGCGGCGCCCACGUCCCCGGACGAGUUCGGCUACCUGGCGUGCGACCUCGCGUCGAGCGAGUUCGCCGCGGAAGGCAGGGUCGGCGUGGCGGUCGGCGGCGGCGGCGUGGGAGGGAAGGUCCGGAGGGCCGGGAAGGGGAAGUGCGCGCCGGUGGUGGGCGUCGGCACGGUGGUGUUCGCGGAGGUCCUCGGCCGGACGCUUGGCGGGCGGCCGCUGCUGUCUGCGCGCAGGCUGUUCCGGCGCGUCGCGUGGCACAGAGUGAGGCAGAUGAAGCAGCUUAAUGCACCUAUCAAGGUUAAAAUUUUCGAGUGGAAUGCUGGAGGCUUGCUGACAAGAAUUGAGGGGCUCCGGGCAUUUCUCCCUAAGCCUGAGAUGAUGUCUAGACCAAGAAACUUUACAGAUCUGAAGAACAGUGUUGGUCGACAGAUCCAUGUCUGUAUUAGGAAGAUUGAUGAAAGGAGUAACGAAUUAAUAAUUAGUGAAAAAGAGGCGUGGGCAAUAUUGUACCUUAGUGAAGGGGCUCUCUUGGAAGGGACAGUCCGCAAAUUGUUUCCAUACGGUGCACAAAUUAGGAUUGGCGAGACUAACAGAAGUGGUUUGCUGCAUGUCUCAAAGAUAACACAUGGCCAGGUGAGAUCCGUCAGUGAUGUGCUUCAAGUGGGCGAAAGAGUGAAGGCUCUUGUGAUUAAAUCAUCGGCACCAGACAGAAUUGCGCUUAGUACGAAGGACCUUGAGAGCGAGCCUGGACUGUUUCUCUCUGACAAAGAGAAGGUGUUUGCUGAGGCUGAAGAGAUGGCGCGGCGAUACCGGGAUCAGAUGCCGGUGUCGCCUCUGUCCGCCGAGCCUGGCUCCUCGUGCAGCGAUGACCAUGGUGUCCCGUUUGAGGACGAAGAGGAGUCGUACGCGAACUGGAAGUGGUUGAAAUUCAUCAAGUCUGACAGAGUAGGAUGUAGCCCUCGUAGUACCGAACCAGGAUUGUAACGCAGGGAUGAUCUGCAGAAAUUUUGUUCAGUCCAGUGCUUUUCAAUCCAAUCCAAUGCUUGGUGUGUAA